AUGGAGCGCAAUACUGAGAUCACAGAUCUCAGGUGCAAUUUAGAAGCCCAAGAAGACCUCAUCUCGAGAAUAUGCCGCAUUGCCGGCGCUCCAGGACUCUCAGUCAGUGUCCUUCACCUUGGGGCUGAAGUCUACUCCCACCACUUUGGACAUGCCAGCGUGAAAGAUGGCAAGCUCCCAGAUGGAGACACAAUUUACUUUAUUGGAUCAAUGACGAAAGCGAUGGUGUCGGCUCUGGUAGUGUGCCGGCGAUAUUCUUCUGUCCAAGUCCGAGGCGCUCGAUGCAUCUCUCAGCCAACAGUUCGAGCUUUCCGUGCCGACUUUCUUUAUUCCAAUUUUGCAUUCGAGGCUGUUGGGCGAAUUAUUGAUGGACCGCUAGGCAUGACACGCACUUCUCUGGAUGAUGAGUUGUCAAAGGAUCCAAACGCAGCCAAGGCUUACUUUCCUCUCCUAGACGGCACACCAGUCGAGGUUCCUAUUCCUACCAUCUCCGACAAGACUAUAAUGGCUGCCGCUGGAGGAGUGCGUAGUUGUACGAAUGAUCUUUCGCGCUUCUUCAAAAAUCUAAUGUAUGCCGCAAAUGACCAGUUUAAUCACCAGCGUACGAGCACGCCCGGCUCGCCCUUUAAGCAGCUGCCUACAAUCUGGAGCCUGCAUAAUCAGCUUCCCAUGCGCUCAAUGCGCGAAGAAUCCUACGCACUAGGAUGGGCUCGCACAGAACUUCCUUCACCUCUUGGGUCCUUCAACUAUAACAAGCAUCUUGUCCCUGCUAUGCCUGUGAUUGGCCGUGGGCUUUCAUUUCGACUCGUGGUUUAUCACGGAGGAAGCAUGCAGGGUUUCACGUCGGCUGUGUACCUGCUUCCAGAGACCGAGACAGCUGUAUUUGCUUUGCAGAAUUCAACAGCCUUGUGUGAUGCCUGUGACUGGGUGCCGCAAAUGCUGGUGCACACCUUGCUCUCGGGAUCGCCGCGCAGCGAUAUUGAUUUUGUGCAGUUGGCGACAGUCUCGGCGGCUAGAGGUGCAAAACUGGCCGAUGAGAUUGAGGAGAAGCUGCAGCAAUCGCGGGAAAAGGGAACAAAUCCGCGACUAUUGAAGGAGUAUGUAGGCAGAUUCUGGCAUAAAUCCAAGAGCUUCCACAUAGACGUCACCGUCGACAGCAACGAAACGAUGAGGAUGUGUUUUCAAGGCAGGCCUAGCGAAACUUAUCAUCUUCGACACCUUCACCACGAUGUUUUCGUGUGGAACGAACCUCAUGACAUGACUGCGAGGCGCGGGAGAUUUCAGACGCGUCCUGUAGAAUCUUGCAGGGUCAGGUUUGGAUCUACUAGUCAGGGGGGAGCUAUUGACCGCCUGUAUUGGUUAUAUGAUGAAACUCAUGCUCCGCUCGGCAUGUUUAUAAAAGAAGAGGGCGUGCGGUCAGCAGCUGAUUUCGACAUGCGGAACUAG